ACUGUACCGUCCUUCAUUUCCCCAAACCUCUCUAAAAUCUCAUCGACCAAAAACCCUACUGUCUCAUUCAGCUACCGUCAAGCUCUCAACAAUGGCGUCCUCAGCUACUCGGCGCACGUUAUUCACUGUUCUUAGCCGAAGCAUUUCUUCAUCUUCAUCAUCUUCUUCUUCCUUUUUACUUCCAUCUCCUCCUAUUUCUUCUCGCCUGCGAUUUGCUUUUCCUCUCCUCAACAGACAGGAUCAAAUAAUCCCUGCAUCAUUCAAUCUUCCAAUUCGAUUCAAGGCUUCCGGAUCCGGCUACUCUCCACUCAACGACCCGUCUCCUAAUUGGAGCAAUCGACCUCCGAAAGAGACGAUACUUCUCGAUGGCUGCGAUUACGAGCACUGGCUGAUAGUGCUGGAGUUUCCUAAUGACCCGAAACCAUCGGAGGAAGAGAUGGUUAAUACUUAUGUCAAAACUCUAGCUGCUGUUGUUGGAAGUGAGGAAGAGGCGAAGAAGAAAAUAUACUCGGUUAGUACAACUACGUAUACUGGGUUUGGUGCAUUGAUUUCGGAAGAGCUUUCUUACAAAGUGAAAGAAUUGCCAGGUGUUCUAUGGGUUUUACCAGAUUCAUAUCUUGACGUUCCGAACAAAGAUUACGGAGGUGACUUGUUUAUUGAUGGAAAGGUCAUCCCAAGACCGCAAUAUAGGUACCAUGAUAGGCCACAACAACCUGGUAGAAACAGGCCUCGUCCACGGUAUGAUAGACGGCGAGAAACUAUGCAAGUUGAUCGGAGACAACCGAUUCAGAGACAGAACUGGGGUCAAAAUCAGAGUGAUCCAAUGCAGCCACCACCCUCCAUGGAUGGUCAAAAUAGAGUUCAAAGUGGUAUUGGAGAUUUCUCGACAAAUCCAGGCGAGUUUAAUCGGAGCAACACUGAUUGAUGGAUGCUUUUUAAAAAAUGUGUAUAUAUAUUUUUUAGUUUAUAUGAUCUAUGAAUUCUGGGGACUUUGAUUUUAAAGAUUCUAAGUUAGUGAUGUUGUGACAAUAUCUGAAUUUUUUAAUGAUUCAAACUAUAAAUUUGAAAAAAUUAUGGUUCGAUUCUGAA